CCGCUUCCACUCAGCUCCGAGCUCGGCCCCUCCCUCCCCUCCCGCCCGCCCCGCCGCAGCCACCGCCGCCGAGCUCGGCCCAGUCGCGCUGCGAGAGGCCGCCCCGAGCCGAGCGCCGCCGCCCGCCACCCCGCACGGCACUGUGACUGAUGAGAAUUAAAGGCCAUGGAUGAAGAUGGACUUGAACUGCAGCCACAUGAGCCAAACGCGUUUUUUGACCCAACAGGGUCUGAUGCAGCACAUAUGGAUGGAGAUCAGAUUGUUGUGGAAGUGCAAGAAACAGUAUUUGUUUCAGAUGUGGUGGACUCAGACAUAACUGUGCAUAACUUUGUUCCUGACGAUCCAGAUUCUGUAGUCAUCCAAGAUGUCAUUGAGGAUGUUGUUAUUGAGGAUGUUCAAUGCUCAGAUAUCAUGGAAGAGGCAGAUGUGUCUGAAACUGUCAUUAUUCCUGAACAAGUGCUGGGCACAGAGGUAGCAGAUGAAGUUUCUUUAGCACACUGCACUGUUCCAGAUGAUGUUUUAGCUUCUGACAUAGCAGCAGCAGCAUUGUCUAUACCAGAACAUGUACUGGCAAGUGAAUCUAUGCAUGUACCUGAAGUUGGGCAUGUGGAACAUGUGGUUCACGAUAAUGUUGUAGAAGCAGAAAUUGUCACCGAUAGUCUGGGAGAAGAUGUAGUUUCUGAAGAAGUGUUGGUAGCAGACUGUGCCUCAGAAGCAGUGAUUGAUGCCAAUGGAAUCCCUGUGCAGCACCAAGAUGAUAAGGGCAACUGUGAAGAUUACCUUAUGAUUUCCUGCUGUCUUCAUCAACAACCUGGGAGUACAGAGCUAUUUUCUCUUGAGGAGAUUCUUAAAGUGGAUGAUACUGGGAAGAUAGAACAUGAAGGUUCUGCUGAAAUUACCAUGGAAGCAGAGUCAGAAAGUGAUCCAUGUAAAGUGGACAGCAUUUGUCCAGAAGUCAUCAAAGUAUAUAUCUUCAAAGCUGAUCCUGGAGAAGAUGAUUUAGGAGGCACAGUAGACAUUGUGGAGAGUGAAUCUGAGAAUGAUCAUGGAGUGGGACUACUUGAUCAAAACAGUGUUCGUAUUCCAAGAGAAAAAAUGGUUUACAUGACUGUAAAUGAUUCUCAGCAUGAAGAUGAAGAUUUAAAUGUUGCAGAAAUUGCUGAUGAGGUUUACAUGGAAGUGAUAGUAGGGGAGGAAGAUGCAGCAGUGGCCCAUGAACAGCAAAUUGAUGACACUGAAAUUAAAACUUUUAUGCCCAUAGCUUGGGCAGCAGCUUAUGGUAAUAAUACUGAUGGGAUUGAAAGCCGGAAUGGCACCGCAAGUGCUCUCUUGCACAUAGAUGAGUCUACUGGACUUGGGAGACUAGCUAAACAAAAACCAAAGAAAAGGAGGAGACCUGAAUCCAGGCAGUACCAAACAGCAAUAAUCAUUGGCCCUGAUGGUCAUCCUUUGACUGUCUAUCCUUGCAUGAUUUGUGGAAAGAAGUUUAAAUCCAGAGGUUUCUUGAAAAGGCACAUGAAAAAUCAUCCAGAGCACCUUCUUACGAAGAAGAAAUACAGAUGCACAGACUGUGAUUACACUACCAAUAAAAAAAUAAGUUUACAUAACCACCUGGAGAGUCACAAGCUGACUAACAAAACAGAAAAGCUUAUUGAAUGUGAUGAGUGUGGGAAAAGCUUCUCUCAUGCAGGAGCUUUAUUUACUCACAAGAUGGUGCAUAGGGACAAAGGAGCCAACAAAAUGCAUAAGUGCAAAUUCUGUGAUUAUGAGACAGCAGAACAAGGGUUACUGAGUCGUCAUCUUCUGGCUGUCCACAGCAAGAACUUUCCUCAUAUUUGUGUAGAGUGUGGCAAGGGAUUUCGUCAUCCAUCAGAGCUCAAGAAGCACAUGCGAAUCCAUACUGGUGAAAAGCCAUAUGAGUGCCAGUAUUGUGAUUAUAGGUCUGCUGACUCUUCUAAUUUGAAAACUCAUGUAAAGACUAAACAUAGUAAGGAAAUGCCAUUCAAGUGUGAUAUUUGUUUUCAGACUUUUUCAGAUACCAAAGAACUGCAGCAGCAUAUACUUAUACAUCAAGAAAGCAAAACACAUCAGUGUUUGCAUUGUGACCACAAGAGCUCAAACUCAAGUGAUUUGAAACGGCAUAUAAUUUCAGUACACACAAAGGAUUACCCUCACAAGUGUGAUAUGUGUGAUAAAGGCUUUCAUAGGCCCUCAGAACUGAAAAAACACGUGGCAGCCCACAAGGGUAAAAAAUUGCACCAGUGCAGACAUUGUGACUUUAAGAUUGCGGAUCCGUUUAUUCUAAGUCGCCACAUUCUCUCAGUUCACACAAAGGAUCUUCCAUUCAGGUGUAAGAGAUGUAGAAAGGGGUUUAGGCAACAAAAUGAGCUAAAAAAACACAUGAAAACACACAGUGGCAGGAAAGUUUAUCAAUGUGAGUACUGUGAGUAUAGCACUACAGAUGCCUCAGGCUUCAAACGGCAUGUUAUUUCUAUUCAUACAAAAGACUAUCCUCACCGUUGUGAAUACUGCAAGAAAGGUUUCCGAAGGCCAUCAGAGAAGAACCAGCACAUUAUGCGGCAUCAUAAAGAUAUUGGGCUGCCUUAAAGUCUCUUUUACAGACUUAUGGCUUGGAGUUGUAAAGGAUAUUGCAUUUCAGGCAGUCAGCUUAUUUUAAAGCCAAUCACCUGCGAUCACAAAAAAAUAAAAAAAUAAAAAAUACUGUGCAUUUGAUUUAUUGCUGUAUACAAAUAGGAUUAUUGCUUCUAGUUGACUUUUAUACAUUUUGUUCAAUAGCGUGUUCUAAAUUCUAUUCAGUUUGUUUAAUAAAUGAGGAAAAGAUGGCAACAAUAAAGUUGCAUUUAAUAAAGUAAA